GGAGCGCGCUGCUUCGAGCGACCUCCGAGCGUGGCGACCAAAACCUCGAUAUGCGGUGCAGCAGCUCCGACCACCUGGAUACACAUGUUCAUCAGUGCUGUAACAUCACGUCCAAUUUGUUCCCAACACUCCUGAGGCUGACGAGCCACGGCCACAUGACCCGCCCGGCCUCCGAGUCCGCCGUUGCCGGGCCCUGAGAAAUCGUGGUGGGAUUGGCAUGCCACAGCAGCGAGUGAUGUGGGCCGGCCAAGCGACAUCCGUGUUUACGCCGUCUCUCCUUCUCUGCUCUGGACUAUGACCACCAUCGACAUCCUGCCCGUCGUCGACAUCCCGCUGCCCGCCAUCCCGGAUGACCUGAGCAUCCCCCAGUUCUUCCUCGAUCGGCGGAGCGCGGUGCCCCGACCGGCUCGCCCUGCGGACGUCCCGUGCUUGAUCGACGACACCACCGGGCGCAAGGUCCUCUUCGACGAGCUGCUCCACCGGUCCCAGGCCCUGGCGAAUGCGCUUGCGACCCUGUAUUCCAUCGGGGAGGACGAUGUCGUGCUGCUCUACGGCAGGAACAACAUCGACUACCCGGUAGCUAUCUGGGCUGCCCACAGGGUCGGCGCCAUCGUGUCGCCGGCAAAUCCCGACUACGCAGCGAACGAGCUCGAAUACCAGCUCAAGGCAGCCAAGGCCAAGCUCAUCAUCAGCCACCCCGAGGCGGUGGACGUCGCGUCGGCUGCGGCUGCAUCUGUUGGGCUGCCGCAGGACAAGAUCCUCGUCUUCGAUAUCCCGGGGCAGGCGCCUGCGCGCGCCUCGCCGUAUGUGUCGCUCGAGUCGCUCAUCCAGCACGGGCUCAAGGAGACGAACGUCGUGGAGCGCGGGCUGCGGCCCGGCGAGGGGAGGACCAAGCUCGCGUUCUUGAGCUUCUCUUCUGGUACUACCGGUACACCGAAAGCGGUCGCUAUCCCGCACUAUGCGGUGAUUGCCAACGUCGUCCAAUUGGGAGCCGCGAACCGACUCAACGAGGACUACGCCAGCUGGAACGACCGGCGAUUCCGCACGGGCGACGUUGCGAUUGGAGUUCUGCCGCUGUAUCAUAUCUACGGUCUAGUCAUCAACCUCCACUUUAUGCUCUACGCAGCCAUGACUGUGGUCAUAAUUUCCCGGUUCAAUUUCGAGAGCAUGCUCAAGAGCAUCGUCAAGUACCGCAUCUCCCACCUCUUCAUCGUUCCUCCGCAGGCCGUGUUGCUCUGCAAGCAUCCGUCAGUCAAGAAUUACGAUCUCGGUAGUGUGCGGGCGCUUAUGACGGGCGCUGCGCCGCUAUCCGACGAGCUGGCUGUGAUGCUGCACAAGCUCUUCCCCGAUGCGCAUAUUGGCCAGGGCUACGGCAUGACGGAGACCAGCACGGCGGUGAGCCUCUGGCCGCUCGACAGCAAGCGCGGGAAAUCAGGAAGCGCCGGGCACCUGUUACCCGGAGUCGUCGCCCGGAUCGUCAAAGAAGACGGGACGUAUGGCGCCCGCGGAGAGGCCGGCGAGCUGGUGGUCAAGUCGCCGUCGAACGCGUUGUGUUACUAUAACAACAAGGAAGCGACGGAGGAGACCUUCCUCGAGGGCGGGUUCGUGCGAACGGGCGACGAGGCCAAGAUCACGGAGGAAGGCGAUCUGUUCAUCAUCGACAGACUGAAGGAAAUAAUGAAGGUCCGCGGGUUCCAGGUUGCGCCGGCCGAGCUCGAGGGCACGCUAUUGCAGCACGCGGACGUCGCGGACACGUGCGUCGUCGGCGUGCCGGAUGAGUUCAGCGGAGAGGUGCCGCUCGCGUUCGUCGUACUCAGCGCGGACGCGGCCAAGCGCGUCGCCGACGGGACGAGCCAGAUAGACGCGAUCCGCGCUUCAAUCAUCAAGUACAUCGCGGACAACAAAAUCGGGUACAAGCACCUCGCGGGUGGAGUGGAGUUCAUCGAUGCCAUCCCGAAGAAUCCGAGCGGGAAACUGCUGAGGCGGGUGUUGAGGGAGAAGGCCAAGGCCAUGCGUGGCACUAUAAAAGCGAGACUCUAGGGAGGACCAUCUAUUAUCUAGGAAUAUUUAUUCGGGCCAUAUGCCCAUCGGUUUUGUCGUCAA